GAACCUGUGGUGGGAGGGAGUCAGCAUUCUGAGGAAAAACACACCGCCUCAUCAAGUUGCACUCUGAACAAGACACAUUUAUCUGCAUUAGACCCUUUCAGAUGUAGAUGUUUAGAACUUUAAAAUGCUUUUGUGAAGGCAGGAAAUAGCAAAGAGGAUAAUAUGUUAUUUAAGGCUGUCAGUGCACAUCCCACAGGGGACCCAGCGACAUACUGUCACGUGUGAAGGGCCCACCUUAAUGAAGAAUUUGGUCCCGGCCACCACUUGGGUCUUGAAUGACGUCGCUGUAAAAACAUCAAAAUUUCUUCCCGCUUUAAGUUAUGCUUGCGGUUUCACCUGAAGAUGAACAAGUUUCUUACAUAAUCGAAAUUAGGACUUUUUUUUUUUUUAAUUAUGCUUGUGUUAUUUUCAUGUAUUUAUUUUAAAUAAUGCAUUUACAGAAAAAAAACUCGGAAUAAUCUGGUUCCUUCUUAAAUGAACUGAAAUAGAACCGUGAUGCAAACGUGUUUACAAUCGACCCUGUCCUGAUUUUUCCUGUCUCCAACAAGUGGAACGGGAACUGAUGUUAGACGGAGAAGUUAUGAAUAUGUCUAUCCCCGAUAAGUGAGUGAGUCUGUGUCCGAAGACUUGCUUGUUCAAGCCCCAAACGCCGUUACUGUCACUCAUCAUGUCGCAGAUGCCUUGUACCUAUCACACCAACGCGAGUAAAAUUUGUUGCCUCAAGGGAUUCCUUUGUCGGCUGGACCAUUUCAACUUACAUGGGUGGAAAUGAAUCAGUAUUGUGGGGAUUCGUUCGCUUGAGUGAAUUAUAUAGUUGAUAUAUAGUUAGGCGAUGGUUAACAUUUAAUUAUUUACUAUUUCUUUGAAAUAGUUGAAUGCAGGACUGAAAACAUUAAUUUAAACAUUUCUUUGGCUUCCCCUCUCAGUUGGAUUGCUCAUAGGCGUGGCUUCAGCUGUCCGAUGAGCUGCUCUGAUUCGUUUUGCGGGUCAUCGAUGUACGAUUCGGUGAGAAAAACUACAUGUCGUCAUUUAAGGGGCGGUUGUUUGUUUCAGGAUAUUACAGAUGUUUUACCGCCCACGACACUUGUCUUAAGUAUUACUUUGUAUCUUGCGGAGCUCUGUAAUUCCCGCAUAAUUCAGGUAUGCGCUCGGGGCCGCUCGCUGCUAUGGUGGCUGCUCUCAUAUUGAUGCGCAGGGUCGUACUGGCGACCGCUGACGCUGCCGCUGGGACAGGCGCUUUCUGCGGCCAGCGUGCCGUCGGGAAAUGCGGCCUUAAGACAUCGCCGGUGGUGCUGCAGGAGUCCCGGGCACCAGAACCCGUGGUGCCAUAUGAGCAGCUUAAGACCAUGCUGUCCAGGCACAGUGUCCAGCUGUUUGAUGUCCGGAAUCCAGAUGAGUUCCAGGUGGGACGGAUUCCUGACUCCACCAACAUCCCAUUGGGGGAGCUGGAGGAGGCCCUGCAGUUGACUCCUGACCUCUUCAGGAGUCGCUUUCAUGUCAUUGCACCCAAGAAGACAGACUCCAACAUCGUAUUCUACUGUCGGAAGGGCAACCGCAGCGCCACUGCUUUGGAGAUCGCGUUCAGGCUGGGCUUCAGCAGGGCGCAGCACUACGCAGGUGGAUACAAAGAAUGGGAGCAGUAUGAGCGGCAGUGAGCCUGCAAGCUGAUUGGCUGGAGUGACCAACAUCCCAGAAUGCAGUGCAGUACAAAGUGUCAGCUGGAUCAGCUGCCCCCAGGAUCAGGACAUCAGAGGAAACGGUGUCUAAGUUCAUCAAAAUAAAAUGGCGUUCACAAACUA